AUGACCACCGAGGCCACAGAAACUGCGCAUCGCCUCCAAAUUCCACCAAUCGGAACGCGCCAACUGGACGAUAAGCCAACAGCCUUAGGCAUUGGCGGCUAUAAGGGCACUUUUCCAAAAGCGUUAACAAUGUACUACGACUGUCUGCGGACCUCCAUUGCAGAGCCUAACAAUGAUGAGUGGAGUAGAGGUGAGGCUUUUCCCAAAUACUUUUCCAACAGUUGUGAUGACCAUGAAGAUAAUAAAACGCCGUACACAACAUUUACAAAUGAUUGCACGGAUGUUAGUCUCCUAGACGAGCGUGUUUACUCCAGCUAUCCGCAGUCAAGACCGCCCAAAGCCAAGGCCAACCACGAGGACACGGUAACCCAACGCUUUCUCGCAAACGUUCGUGAACGCCAAAGAACACAGUCGUUAAAUAAGGCGUUUGCAGAACUGCGACACAUCAUUCCCACUUUGCCCUCGGACAAACUUAGCAAAAUUCAGACACUUCGUUUGGCAACGCAUCUAAAAGGCGUUUGUAUCCUACGUUCUCCUCCUCCUCCUCCUCCUUCUAGGUACAUCGAUUUUCUGUCAAAACUUCUCAAAGAUUCGCAUCAUCUUCCCGACUCCAGAGCAGCAGAACUCAACAUGUCUACAGACACCGCAGAACCUCGAAUGCUCCGAGAGGCAUCAACAAGUGCAUGGACGAAGGAGAGAGGUGUGGUACCACCAUCGGCCACAAUUCUUACAGACGCCUGUCCAGAUGUCAGACCUCCCCGAGAAGCCCACAAUGUGCGUUUCAGUCAAGCUCUCUCCCUCUGGAGGGCAAAAAAUGCAUGA